AAAAAACAUUUGUUUUCAAUAUCAAGUGACAUUCUGUUAAGCUGCUCUGCUGAGACGAAGAUACUGUACCGAGAGGACACAAUGUGAGACGAGUAUGAGCGUCCUGUAAUUUGCAAGAAAUGACAACGGUCGGCGUCAUAGGGCUUGCUUGCCUCGACACUGUCGUGGUGGUAGAGAAAUAUCCAUCCGUGGAUACGAAAAAUGUGACGAAAGACCGCCACUUCUUUGGAGGUGGCAAUGGCGCGACAGCUGCUGUGGCGUUGGCGCGGCUGGGCUUGCGUCGAUCCGGAAAUGGUGUUGGAGAAGUUGGAGGAGGAAAUGCUCAGUCUUCAUCUUGUGUGCAGCUUGUCGCCCCAAUUUUUCCUGACGAUGCAUCCGGUGAAGGCAACAUGGUGAUCCAGGGUUUACGAUCGGAGGACGUUUGUCUUGAUUUCGCAGACGAGUAUCGGCCUGUUGUCAAAGGUGAAGGUGUUAUUGAGCCUCGUCCAGGCAGCAGCUACAUCAUCAUGGACGAAGCCACCAGAAGUCGGACUAUUUUCCACACGCCACAAGUGCCCAGAGAGCUGCGCAUGCCGCCAAAAGCUUUUUUAGAGCAGAUAAAAGUGUUGUUCCUAGAUGGACGCUUUGAGGACACAGUUUUGGAGUUGCUUCGCUCACUACGCGCUGCGGAAGAUGAGCGUUUGAAGAACAUGCCAGUUUUGAUGGAUUGCGAGCGGUUACGCGGCAAGGAAACAGCGCUGAUGCUGCCGUAUUGCACCGUGAUUUGCUGUUCGGAAGUCUUUUUUUCGAUUUUGCUUCCUCCGACAGACGAUGCUAGUAAGAAGCACGACCAGCAAGAUAACAGCGUAACUAGAGAAGAAACGGGGGACGCGAAGAUACGGAAAGCAGAGGCGGAAUUGGAAACAUUGUUUGCGUCAAAGUAUGCAUCGUCCUGUCUGGAAUUUGCAGUGGUCACUUUGGGCGCACAUGGAUCAGUCUGCCGUUAUCGCAACAAGAAGAUGAGAGACGAUUUUACUACUUUCCAUGUGCCAGCUGUAUUACCAAGAACUGUCGGCGCAUCCAAGAACGGCAAGGAGAAUGGCACCGACUUAACCGUAAUCGACACCACCGGAGCCGGUGAUUGUUUCAAUGGGGCACUUUGUUUCGCUUACACACAGGACUGGAGCAUCGAACAGAUGCUCACAUUCGCCUCAGCGGUUGCCGGACACAGCGUGACAGAGCUAGGACCGAGAGCGGGAAUUCCGAUGCUAAGGCCACGCGAAGGAAAUAGAGUGUCUUUCGACGAAGUGAUGAAGGAGUUGGGGGUGAAAAGUUGACUGUCUUUCGACGAAGUGAUGAAGGAGUUGGGGGUGAAAAGUUGACUUAUCACAUUGAAAGAAUGACUGAUCAUCACAUUGAAAGACAUACAACAAAUAGUUCUUUGACAAAGAUGAAAUUGCGCGCGCCGUAUGGCUAAAAUCGUCCUAUUCCAUGUUGCAGAGGCUGCAUAGUGACAUUACCACUUUUGAUCUUAAGAAUGAUAAGCCUGUAGGCGGCGCACUGUGUGGGAAUGAAUUUCUGUCUCAUGCCUUCGUCAGGCAAAAUCACGG